CUGUGCUCACACAACACCGAGAAAUCAAAAGAAACCCCCAAAGGAGAUUAAUUUAAGAUUUUUUUGCACACUAGUAGCUCCUAGAAAAAACCUCUACAAUGGCUACACUGAAGGAAAAGAGAACCUGUGGCCAAAGGUGUGAAGAUUUUGGCCAUUUUAUUUGGAAUUCUGAUGAAGGUAAAUUCAUGGGAAGAACACCAAUAAGAUGGGUGUACAUCAGCUUGUAUUACGUUGCAUUUUAUGUGGUGAUGACAGCCUUGUUUUCCCUGGCCAUCUACGUACUCAUGUACACACUGGACCCGUACACCCCGGACUACCAGGAUCGAUUAAAAUCGCCAGGAGUAAUGGCUUGGCCGGAUACAUACAACGACGAAACGCUAGAGAUCAACUACAAUAUGUCUGAUAAGAAAAACUGGAUGAAGAUGUCCAAAAUUCUUAAGAACCUCCUUGAACCGUACAAUGAUACCAAACAGGCACAGUGCAAUUAUUACAACUGUACUACUGGCAAGUACUUCGUCCAACACAUGUUCGACGCUCCAAAACAUACUAAGUGGUCCUGUCCUUUCUACCAAAGCGCACUGGGUAACUGUUCCGGCAUUAGUGACCCCACGUUCGGUUACAACACCAACCAGCCGUGUGUAAUCAUCAAGAUGAACAGGGUCAUCCAUUUCAUGCCAAACAACGGAACAGGAAAUGCACCAUACUUGAACUGCACAGUGCUGGAUGGUCAAGACAACGUUCGUGGCUAUGAGUACUACCCCGUUAACGGAUCAUUCGACCUUUCGUAUUUUCCGUACUACGGCAAGCUGGCCCAGCCACACUACGUGAAUCCGCUGGUGGCUGUGAAAUUUGAUCUUGUUAACCAGAGGCAUGCGGUGAUCCAGUGCAGGGUGAUGGCCAACAACAUCGCUUAUCAGAACUUCUACGAUCCCUUUGAAGGCAAAGUGAUUUUUCAUUUAAACGCUUUAAGCUAGCCAUAUUCAAUAUUACAUUUCUGCCUUUUUUUUUUUUUUUUUAUUUUCCAUUUCAUUCCAUUAUGUAUCCAUAACACACAAAACACACUUGCUCUGCAAAUCAACCUUUGUAUUUGAGAUCUUUAAAAAAAAAAUAAAAAUAAAAAAUAACUAUUUGUAUUCACUUGCCCAAAAAAAUGUAUUAAUUAACCUGUGUAACAUUUUAAAUUAACACACUGUCUUCAAAUAAAGAUAUGAAUAACAGAUUACAAAUA